CCCCAGUGCUCUACCCUAGCCGCGCAGCGCUGCAGCUUUGCCCGCGAGCCUCAAGCUUCUCAACACCGGACUAAAGGGAGAAUCUCAAAACAAGAGCAAAACACAUCACAUCGCUACUGACGAGACCUCACCGUUCUGCCUCCAGUUCUCCAAAAAGACUUUCAUCCAUUUGGGGAGGAAGUGGGGUGUAUUCACGCACCCUGUCCUUGCUGGUCUUUAACCUAACUUUUUCUAAUUCUUUGGGCCAACUCAGAUCACAUUUUGCCCUCUAAUCUUUGGUUUUUGACAAGCGUGGCCAUCAGCCCCCCACCCCGGAGCCAGUGUGGGCAGAAGGUAUUGGGAGGGUACUGAGGCCUGUGUGCUGAAGUCACCAUGUCCACCAAGGUCCCCAUCUAUCUGAAACGUGGCAGCCGCAAAGGCAAGAAAGAGAAGCUUCGGGACCUGCUGUCCUCAGACAUGAUCAGCCCGCCGCUUGGGGACUUCCGUCACACUAUUCACAUCGGCAGUGGCGGCGGUGACGACAUGUUUGGGGACAUCUCCUUUCUGCAGGGCAAGCUCCAUCUCCUUCCGGGAACAGCUGCGGAGGAGGCCGAGGAGGACGGCAGCUUUGACCUUCCCUUCCAGUUUACUCGCACUGCCACGGUGUGCGGGCGAGAGCUCCCUGAUGGCCUGUCGCCUCUGCUCAAAAACGCCAUCUCCCUUCCUGUCAUUGGUGGCCCCCAGGCCCUCACCUUGCCCACAGCCCAGGCUCCACCUAAGCCCCCUCGCUUGCACCUGGAGUCACCACAGCCUUCUCCAAAGUCCUCCCUGCCGGAGGCAGGAAAUGUGGACGUCUGGAGGAUUCCAGAGGCUGGCUUGCCCCACAAUGGGAUGAGCCCUGACCCAGAGGCCGAGGAGCCCUUCCUGUCCCAUGCGAGCUCCCUGCUGUCCCUGCAUGUGGACCUGGGGCCUUCUAUCCUGGAUGAUGUCCUCCAGAUUAUGGAUCAGGACCUAGGCCGUGUACAGAUCCCCACAUAGGACCCUUGGCUAACCGGGCAGGUCAUCCAGGCUGUGGUGAUGCCUAGAGACAUGUGUGGAUGUAGCCCUGAGUCAGGACCCCAGGUUCCACCUGUGGGUGCUGGCCAGUGGCUGGCAUUUUGAGCCUUUGUCUUCUUCCCACCUCCCAAUGGAGAGAGUGUAUCUUUGCUUUCAUCUCACAGUACCCACGGGGGACCCAUGCAGACGCUGUCCCAGAGACUCCUGAGACUCUUGGGUCAUUUGGACCCUCACUGCCAAUUGCCCCCUUUCCCUCAAGCCCCUCCGGGGAAAGGCUCUGCCGAAAUGGACCCUACCCCCUUCCCAACCACCCUUCACCUCAGCAUCAUUGGAUACCCUUCCCAUGUGUUCUUGUGUCUUGGUCUGGGAGCAUGGCAUCCAUAACCAGACCUGUCCUGCCUUAUGACCCAUCCUGUCCCCUCCUCACAUGACCGGGGGAUUCUGGUUGCAAUAAAACAUGCUGCUGCUGGUAGCUGAGCAUCCCGUA